GCGCGCAGUCGCUUCCUUGUUAUUCAUUGUUGAGCUCAGCUUACGUGAGACUACAAAUACGCUCAGAGAAAUGGCAGAAACCGCCCCAGCUGCUCCAGCCGCCCCGCCGGCGAAAGCGCCAAAAAAGAAGUCCGCCGCGAAGGCCAAGAAAGCAGGUCCAGGUGUCGGUGAGCUCAUUGUCAAAGCCGUGUCCGCAUCCAAGGAGAGGAGCGGCGUGUCUCUCGCUGCCUUGAAGAAAGCUCUCGCUGCCGGUGGCUAUGACGUGGAGAAGAACAACUCACGCGUCAAGAUCGCCAUCAAGAGUUUGGUGACUAAAGGCACCCUGGUGCAGGUCAAAGGGACCGGCGCCUCGGGCUCCUUCAAACUCAGCAAGAAGCAAGCCGAGACCAAGAAAAAACCCGCAAAGAAAGCAGCUCCUAAAACCAAGAAGCCUGCCGUCAAGAAACCCGCUGCUGCCAAGAAGCCCAAGAGCGCAGCAGCAAAGAAGCCCGUCGCUAAGAAGUCACCCAAGAAGGCCAAGAAACCCGCCGCUGCAGCCGCUAAGAAGGCGACGAAGAGCCCCAAGAAGGCAAAGAAGCCAGCAGCUCCUAAGAAAGCAGUCAAGAGCCCUAAAAAGGCCAAGGCAGCAAAACCCAAGGCGGCAAAGCCUAAAACUGCUAAGCCUAAAAAAGCAGCUCCCAAGAAGAAAUAGAAAGUCAGUAUUUCAUUC